GCGGGAACACCAGGUGAUCCAACCUAUUCUGGUUUCAUUUUUGCCAUCAUGUGUCUGCGUGUACAGAGGGCUGAGUACAUGUUUGCUCAGUAAUCUCUGGCUCAACCUGUCUGAUAGGUGUGGGCUGGCUGGCACUGACUUGCGCAGGUAUGAAGAGAGAUCCAGCACAGUCCUGAGAGACGAGGGGAACUCCAACACCUCUGUGACAGGAAUUGUAAUUUCUCACAAAAAUAAGGGGGAGAAGUCACACACAAAAAGUGCCUGCACAAAGGACAGUGGAAGAGGAGACCGUGGGAGCAAGGAGAGGCUGUUUUUGAAGGAGAAAGACAGAAAGGAGGACACUUCAAAAUGUGAAAUAACCUGGAGGAGAUUCUCUUACUGUGGUUCGACCCAUGGGUCUGUGAUUCUAAUGUGGCAUUUCAGGCUCUGGGAUGUACAGGAUGUGGCUGUGUUUCUCAGCUUCACAUUAUAUAUGUGUCACCUAGCUGGAGCCAUCUCCAUCCACUCUCCCCAGAGGAGCCUGACCAGGUCAGUGCAGGAGGAUGUGUUUUUCUCAGUGGAUGUAACCUGUAAUGGGAUCCCUACCAUUCAAUGGACCUUUAUGUCAGGGGCGGUGAGCCGCUCCAUAGGGACGUGGCAGCCAGGGGUGUACACCAACAUCACAGUGGAUUACAGCAACAGAGUACAGUCCUUCAACAAUGGCUCAAUGAGCCUGUCAGACUUGCGGCUACAGGAUGCUGGAUACUAUGUGGUCACUGUGACAGAAACGGCAGGGAGCAGCAAGGAUGCUGGCUUUGUCCUGAAAGUGACUGAGGUGCUGUAUGAGGAUCUUCAGUACCUGUCUGUCUCUGCCUUAGCAUUGGCCUGUUUGGCUGGCCUUCUCAUGCUGGCCAUGUGGCUACUAGACAAGCUCUACAGGAAGAUAGUGGCAUGGAGACGCAGGAGACAGAUGCCAGAAAAUGAUGCAACAGAGCUGCAGCCUCUCUGAUGGACGUCUGCAGGGAAACACACCACAGACUCAAACUUGGACUACUUUUUAAAUGUUAAUGUGUGUACAUAAAAUAACUGAGUAUUUUUUUUUCUAGUUGAACAAGUUACUUACAGCCAGUUAGACGGCUUGGAAAAAAAAAGAAGCUGUGUACAAAGAUGUUUACAUUUGUAUUAAGCACACAUGCAUUUAUAGCUUACUGCUGAUGACACUGGAUUGAAUGUAAAUAUAUCACUCAUGACACAAUACAUGCUGUAUUUAUUUAUUAAGCAAA